GGGCCGAGGGGCAUUGGUGCUGCUUCUCACGGAUUUGCAAACGGUGCACAGCCAACUAAACUGAACGAGUAAUUGAUGUUUAAUGAUAUAAUCUUCAAGCUUAUCUGCUAGGAUACAAGAGGAAAAAAAAAAUCUUACGCUGUACACACAAUAUUUGUACAAAAAAAGAAACAAUAUCAAGCAGCUGUUGACAGAGGGAUCCAUACAGCACUGUAAAGGAAAGAAGAACAAAGGUUGUCCUGCCCUAAGUAUGGCUAAUUAUUUCAUGAGAAAUAACAUGUAUACUUCAAAAGCAAGGGAUUGUCCAUUUCACAGCUUCAGUCAUAAAAAGGAACAGCAUGGGGAAAGUUAUCAAAACUCUCUCCAGCAAUCAGAGAAACAUUGUAAUUGUAAUGAAAGAGCAGCUGAACAAACCAGAGAUGCAAAUUUAGAAGGUGAACGAGGAGAACCUCCUUUAGAAAGAUUCAUACCGGAUGUACAAAUAAAAGAGGAACCACUGGAUGUCAAGAACGCAGGUGGAAUGAAUUUAAUGCAAGCUUCUAAAGGGGUUUCUGACCCCAGGAACAGUGGCAGCUUCUCAUCUGGGGUUCAUGGUUCAGUGGGUGAAGGACCUUUGCAAACUGGACAAAUGGGAAUGGUUGCAGGACAGAAUGCACAGUAUGGGCAAGAGAGAAUGACCGGUGAAGAAAAAGAUGCAAAACUUGCUUCAGAUUCAAAAGUGCAAGGCAAAUACCGACAUUAUUCUAGAGAAAAAACGAAAGAAGAAAUGACAGAAGAGGAACUCAAGGCAUUACAAAGUGAAAAAUAUCAACAGAAAUGGGAGAAGAUGAGUGAACAAAAGAGACUAGCAAAACGAGCAGCAAACGCCAAAGCACAAAAAUUAUAUCGCCAGCGUAUAUUAGAAGGUAUGACCGAGGAACAACGUCAAGCGUACCGAGCUGCUGCAGCCGAGGCAGAACAAAUACGUCGUCGUCUUCGUAGAGAAAGUAUGACGGAAGAAGAACUUAAAGCAUUCCGUGCAGCAGCAGCUGAAACACAAAGAAAAAAGCGGCAACUUCAGAAACAACAAAUGAACAAAGAACAGGUUAGAGCAGAAUAUCAACCUCCUCCUCAAGCUGUUGUUCCACAACACUCCUGUCAGCAGCAGCAGCAACAGCAGCAGCAGCAGCAGCAGCAGCAACAGCAGCAGCAGCAGCAGCAGCAGCAGCAGCAAUCAAAUAUGAAUAAACCAGAACUAAACUUAUAUUGUAGAGAACAUGCUGAUGCAGAAAGAGCAAAUAUGCAUUACCAAAUGGAAAAGCAAAUGGAACAAGAGCAUAUUGAAAAAUAUACAGCAGCAUCAGAUGUAGCACGAACAGAAAUGCGUCACUUCAGGAAAGAAUAUGAAUAGAUGCUCGGAAGUCUACUUUAUUAGUAAGACAACAUCUGAAAAUUCAUCCAGAAUCUCCUCUUAGCUCCAUCUCUGCACAUCCUGUAGACUCUUCCUUCCACCAGUACAUUCCUGCAUCUCACUUCUUCUCUCAUCUCCUUAUAUUUUUUGUGCUUAUUUUCUGUUCUCAUCCAAUUCACUCUAUAUACUGUAUACAGUUGGUCAUCUUUCAUCUUCAUUUUAACUCAUGUCUAUGCCACUCCACAACUUAUUUUUCUCUUACAUUUUCUUACCUUGUUUAUGCUCCUUUAUUAGUUUAUCUUGUUUAAUCUCACUGAUGUACUACACAGGUAUCCCUCCAAUUACAGAAAUUCACAAUAACAGAAUCCUAAAAGGUAGCGCCAACCACCUUUCACUGGCAUAUCAAUUAACCUGUUGUUUCUUAUGUAAGCUAAUUAUUGAAGGAUAUGAAUUUGGUGUUUAAGUUUAUUUAUAGUGAAGUAAGUUCUUAAAUUCCAAUACUUAUGACAGUAAAAACGGGUUACACAUUCAAGAAUUGGCCUCUUCAGUACCUCAAUUUAAAACAGAAGUACAGUAUACCUUAAUAAGUUACAAGUACAGGUAGUCCUCAUCUAUCACAAAUUCACCCACACAAAUUCUUCUAACUGAGGAGCAUGAACUAGAAUCUUGUUGAUCCAGUGAGGCAUCAGAUCACACACUGCCAUGAGAGUCAGCUCGUACACAGCGCUCAAUAAAUCCCUUAUUACUACAACUUACACAAUUCUUUUGUUCAUUCUUACAUUUAUUACAUGCUUAUGCUAUUAACCCCUUGUGUACGGGAUCCCCUCUGUGCUGAAUAAAAUCGUCUGACAUUAGCCAAAUAAAAUAUUAAAAGUGGCAUCCCGGUAGUGAAGGGGUUAAUGUUAUAAGAUUGGUAAAGGUGGAUGUAGAUGGUGGUGGCUGGUCGUCAGUUGAUGAACCUUUUAGGUAGAUGCUCGGAGAUGUGUCAGUUUAUGCACGGCGGUGAAAGGGUUAAUAUGCAUGUGCCUCCUAAUUGCACUUUAUAUUGUAUUUCAUAUACAGGUACUGUUUUGUACUGUAUACUUGUAUGUAUUUCAUGUUUUUUUUAUAUAUAGAUUUUUAAGUGUUUCUGUACAAAAAAUCAGCCUAAGUACCUCCAGAACUCCCAGCCAGGAAUGCAUCCCCCUUUAAUACAGUACAGUACAGUAUAUUGUUUCUUAUGGCAAAAUUAGAUUCACAUACAGUAAUCAAUUUCACAGGUCACAAAAUUUUUCCAGAAACAGAACCUAGAGAUAAAUGAGGACUACUGUACUUCCAUAGUCUAUAAGGAGUAAAAAAAAUAAAAAAAAUUUAAUUUGCAUUUUAAAAGUUUCUUUGGAGUAAUUUUUUAAAUAAGUUUUGGGGGGAAUAUUUUUGUAUACAUAGAAACACAUCUCUGGUUAUAAAAUGGAAGUCAUUGAAAGAAUAUAUUGUUACUCGCAGAUUUGCGAGUUAGACAACUUUUCAGAAACGUAAAACUUUCGUAACUCAAGGGGUUCCUGUACUGUAUUAUAUAUUUAUAAUACUAUCUGUCUUCAAAACCAUAUUGUGCAUUCUCAAUUGCUGUUCCCUUUUUCAGACAUAACACCAUUUUGAAUUGCUCCUCACUACAUUUUUUCUCCCAAAUAUUCUUCAAGGUUUUCUCACUACUUCCUCUAACUCUUAUGCUACUUCCUACACAGAAACUUUAUCUCAUACUAUUUUAGUUGUUGAUGGAUUAGUGUAAAAUUACUAACCUUAUUACAAGCUUAAAGACCUUACCCGUUGAAGCGCAGUAAUAACAUUAUAACAUCAAUCACUUCCCUUUAUUAGCACUGUUGCAUCUUCUAUCAAACAGACCUGAUUUCAAGCUUUCUCCUAUACAGUACAAUGCAGUAGACCCUCGAUACAGUGCGACAACUUCUCGUUCGCACUCUCACACGUUAACACUGAGAAUCUACUGCAUUGUCGUCCUAUGCUGGGAUCUGAGUUUCCAGCCACUCACUUUUAUCUUGCCACCCACCCCAUGACUUUGUACAUUAUGCACCGUAAUGUAACCUUAUGCAAGUGAAUGAACUAGAAUAAAUAGUGUAUAUUGAAUUCAUACUACUUCUCCUGUCUUAAAAAAGAGGCCAGGGGGAUGUUGUCGUUUAGUAAAAUGUUUGUCUACUUGUCUGAUUGCUGUGGAUUUAUUUUUUAGGCAUUGUAUUGAAAGCCAAGAGAAGGGGGAUCAGGACUAAGGUGUGGUUAGAAGCAAGAGUUAAUCCAGUCAGCCACAUAGGAAUUACGUCAUGUGAAUGUAAGAAACGUUACACUAUGAUCACUUUACUGAACACUUGAGAGGUGAAAGUAAGCAGAAGGUCGAGGAUCUUUUAUGUCUCUGAAAACCUCGGGGGUGGGGUGGGGGGGGGCUGAUUUAAUUUAGUUUACAGAUAUAUUUUGAGGUUAUAUGAUGAUUAUGCCUGCUUUAGAUUUCACUAGCCCAUGCUGGCCUGGAUCCAGACCUCAAAUCUGACCAGUGGAAUUUUUCUCCUACUUACAGUUUAUGACAUUCCUAAUUUAUUGAUGUGAAGUUUAGAGUAUCCUUGUCCCUUCCCCUUGAUACUCGCAUACAAUCGGGUCCAUUAAAAAAAGUAUCGGUUUUGGGAUGUUUUCAGUUUUCAGAUAAAGGAUCGUCGGCAUGUACUAUGCAGGAAAGUACAGUAUUAGUUCCAGAUGAAUGAGGCACUUGGGGCGAGAAGUAGACAAGCAACAAAAGCAAAAAAAAUAAAUAAAUAAAUAAUAAUAAUCACAGUUAAAGUUUCAUAAUUUUAACAUAAUUAUAAGUCUUAAUUAUAAAAAAGGUGUCUUAUUCAAGUUUUUUUUUAUUUUAGCUUAUGAUCUAUAUAUUAUGAUUAGAACUAUUAAAGGUAUCACAUUAUAUUUUUAAAUUUUAACUUAUGAUCUCUAGAUUAUGACAAAGAAUUAAAUGUAAAUUCUGUAAACAUUAAAAAAAAAUGGCUGUAUUGCAAGGUACAGGUAGCAACUACAUCAUCAUUAAUAUUUGUUUAGGCCAAUCAUCCCAUUAUCUACACUUUGUCAUAUGAGUAAGGUAUUUUGGAUGUGUUUGCAAGUGCUGAAUAUAUAUUGUCUUGUUUUAGUUACCAUAUACAAAUCUUUUACUUGUAUAUAUUUAUCUCAUGGUUUUGAAACAGUCAAUGAAACCAUAGUAUUGUACAGUAAUUCCCUCAUUUUAUAUAAUUGUAGGCAGGACUGGAACUCUUGAGGGUAUGACUGAAUAUGGGAAAAAUUUAAGUAAUGACAGUGGUGUGGAUGUGAAGAACCAGGAUGAAAAGUGGAUGAUGGCCAUGUUUAGUUUGUAAGAAGGAUGUUGGUGGUACAGUAAUGUGCAGUGAGUGUGGAAGGUUGGUACAAUGAGAUGCAGUGGUGUAAAUGGCAGACUGCAGGAUGUUGCUGACUUUGAGCGUGAUGUACAGUAUGUAUAGGUAAUCAUGUGGCCUAAUUGCAAGGCUGGAAAAGCUUUACAUUAGGGAUUUAUCUCUGUACUGUACUUUAUUGUGUCGAUGAGCCCUGCUACUUGGGCGACAUAAUCAUAGCUGAAGGUGAUACUGAAGCUAGCUCAGUUGUAAGAGUCAGAAGUGGCUGGAAGAAAGUAAGGAAGCUGUUGCCUUUAUUGUUGGUAAAAGAAUCUUCUCCAUGUGAAAGGAAAGAUGUAUACAGUUGACAUGAGAAGUGAGCAUCCCAGCACUAGAAUGGGAUAAGUGUCAUUUUUAAAAAGGCGAGAAAAUCGCAUCCAAACUUAUGCUAGAGUAAGGUCGUGUGUAGAAAAUAUGUUUAGCUGGUCAUGGUGCUUAUCCCAUUGUGGUGCUGCAGUACUCAAGUAUAAUGUAUGGCAGUGAAACAAGGGCAGUUAAGGAGGAUGACUUAUGCAGGCCUGGGCUAGCUGAAAUGUGAAAGGUGCAAUGGAUCUGUAAUAUAAUAUUAAGUGAUGGACAGCCGUGUUUUGCAUAGAGGUAGGUCAGUUUGGGUCAAAAGAUCCAGGAGUUUGAAUGUGGAGGGGAUGACAAGAAUGACAUGGGGAGAGGUGAGAAAUUACAUCAGAGUUAAGAACCUGAUAAAAGAAAGUGCAAGAGACUCUGUAGUAUGGAGACCUGCCAUCACUUAACCCACACAAGUAUGUAAAAUGGCCAUAAAACAGGUGGUGAUGAUGAUGAUGAUGAUGCAGUCCUUGGUGUAUCAUUUGUUUCAGCUAAAAGUUAGGCGUCUUUAAGUGUUACCAGAAAAUUAGCUAAAACGCUUUAUGAAAAUUUGGAUAAGGCCAAGAUAGAUAGUAUUACAGUACGUAUUUUAUUUUAGUGAUAUUAUUUGUUCUUGUAUUAACAUGGGAUUGUAGAGUGACCAAGUGUGUGUGCAGUAACUAAUAAUUUAACAGCCUGUAUGUUUGAAGUGUAAUUUGUUUUAGAAUAUACACUUAACCUUUA